ACUGCUGCCUGAUAGAAGACGUCUGUCAAAGUAUAAAAUAAAAAACCGUACAAACUAACAGCGGGGGGAAAGGGGUUAUAGUUCAUAGUGAUGCACAGGGAUAUCCCAAAUGUGUUACUAAAUAGUUUUGUAUGCAAAUGAAAAACAAAAGAAUAAAACAUCCAUAGCACAGCGUUUAGCAUAUUAGCAUUCAGUCUCUCAAGCUAACCGGUAGGCGCAGCAACAAGGUUCAGAAGCAUGAGCGGCAGAAACCGGUCAGGUGUUUCAGCCAGCCAGGUGUGUCGUGCAUCGUCCUUCUCCAAUCAGCCACCCCGCGUGCUGAUAGUUGAUACGUCGCCGCCUUGGUGGUCACAGACACGUUCUGUGCUGUGUGAAGCCCUUGAGAACUUCCUGUCUCUGGCAAGCAGUCUGGAGGGACCAACUCGAGUACCUCUUCUCAGCCUCUAUGCAGUAAACCUGCAUCAGGAGUGUCUGCUCCCAUUUGUGCAGGUGAAGGGGAAUCUUGUGCGUUUACACUCAUGUGUUGAGGAGCUGCGCUCUCUGCCUACCGAGGGCUGUGGACGGUCACAGGUCGAGCUCCUUAAACAGGCAGUCCUGGACAGUCUGCAGCAGUACAAACACUACAGCCGCCAUACCAAUCUAGGAAACAACCUUCACAGCAGCUCUGUAGAGGUGACAGUACUGAGCAGUGAGCCAGGCCGUGCUCUACUCAGGCAACUGGAACAGGGUCUGAAAAACGCCGACCUGGUCAGUCUGCGACGGCUGGUGGUUGUCCACAUUGCCGUGGAACAGAACCUUCUAGACAGAGUGCCAGGCUGGAGUCCAGAGUCGUGCUCUACAGAUGGCAUGGAGCAGGCAGAAGACGAUCUGAUGCUAGGGGCUGAGAUGGACUUGCAGUUAGUGGAGAACAGUGUUGUCGCUGUGGAGAACGUUCUAAAGGCAUGGCUUCAUGACCAAACCGGAGAAAGAGAGCACCUUCAGCUGCUGCUACCUGCAUCAGUACAACCAAAGAGUCCAAAAGCCACUCCUACUCACAGACCUGAUCCUGUGUGUAUAAGGUGUGACAUGCAGGAAAGGCUUGUGAGCCCAGCUCUACUCCCCUGCACUCCGAGCCUUGGAGCCAAAACCGAGAGCAUACACGACUUCCCCCCGGAAAUCAGAAGCCUGUCCAAUCAGAGCUCCGGGCCACAGCGACUCCGAGUCAUCAAAGCUUUGCAUGCAGAAGGAGUGUGUCAGUCUGUUCUGUACGGCCUUCCAAUAGUCAUAAGACCUACAACUUGCUGGCAGCUGGACUGGGAAGAGAUGGAGAGCAACCAUCAGACCUUCCAGGCUCUCUGUCACACACUCAGAACCCGCGACUUGUUUCUCUUAGUGCGUUCAGAGACCGAGUUUCAUUCUGCAUCCAGCGCAUUUUCCUUCUACGUCCUCCAAUCCUCAUCCUCCCUCUCACUCUUACUAAAACCUGUCCUUACAAGAGAAUUAAUGCUGCCGUGCAGUCUACCUGUCUCAAACGAGGACCCACCACCCAACACGCUUAAUACAGUGGAGAAGUGUCUGGAUCAACUGGAGACGGAUCCAGUGUUUAACCCUCUUUGUCUGGGCUGUAAUCUUUACCCGUACCUGAAGAUUAGAGGACUGGUCUCUCACUCCUACAGCUCUCGCUGUCAGAGCCAAGCACGAGGCCAACGUAGAAAUCCAAACAGACCAACAGAGGGCUCCACACCUCGGCAGUUGCAUCAAGGUCGCGUCAAAGCCAUGGUCGCUCCUCUGUCCUCCGCACCGCCAGCCAAGUUGUCCCGCCCCCCUCUGACCCUGAGCCGCUCACGACCCCAUGAUCCCACCCUUUGCUUAAUGGACGACGACAUGGAUAAUGAUCUUCUUAUGAUGUGAGAGCAUCACAUCUCUGAGUUUAGUGUUUACGAUUCUCUAAUAGUGAGUGUUUAAGCUACACAUCACACCACAGUGCACUGAAGACCCAGCCUUAUAUUUAUAGCACAGAAACACUUCCAGCUCUAAACCAAGCUGGCUUUUUGUUGUUGUUGUUUUUGUAGAAAUUAACACUUCACAAACACAACGAUAUUUUCACAUGCAAACAGACGAAUUCAUAAUUAGUUAAGAAUUAAAAGCUAAAUUCUAAUGUUAGAUAUUUGUAAUCAUUCGUGAUUCAGCAAUCCGAAGUAUCCACUGCUACAGACCUAUAGACAAAAGAAAAUACAGGCAUUGAUAUAAAAUAUCAGAAAAUACAGCCGAAUUAAUAAUUUAUAACAAUUUUUAACCCAAGUUUAUAAGGAGUCUGUGAUUUGUUCCACUCACUGAUUUCCAUUAGCUGUUAGAGGACAAUAUGGCAGCCUUGGAGUGCAGCUUACACCAGCUGUUUGUAAGGCUACAGCUGUUAAACAUUAGAGCAGAUAAAAUGCCUUAUUCUUUGCACAAAAAAAGACAGAGAACGAACGAUAGACGGCUGUUAACGCCCUAUUUCGGUCUUAAAUGGCAGUUUUGUUCUCACAGUGCUUAAUUAUAUGAAUAUUGAGGUAGACAUAUUAGAAGCUAAAUACACUUUAACAGCAUCUGUUGGCACAUUCACAGACUGUGAUGCUGAAUAAAAUCAACAAAAGCAGGGUGGAAUAGUUUUAUUGGUGUGACACAAUAACUAAAGAUAAAUCCGUGUAGGUUUUUUUUUUUUAAACUGUAAAAGUGAAAAAAAAUGAGACUUCAGUUUCUGGAACUAAAGUUAUGUCAAGGAAAUGGCAUUACUCAAUGUCACUGACUGAUCCCCAUCAGAGCUGCUUCAUUAACAUUUCCGCUAUUCCACCCACCCAAUGCCGCCUACACCUAUGACACCAUGACUUCAUUUUGGGGUUAGACGUUAUGCAAACCCCAUCGCAAACUAGAUUUUGUUAAAAAAAAAAAAAAAAAAAAAGGAAAAAUAAAGUUCUUGUUUUUUGCA